AUUAAGUUAUAUACAAAACAUGGUACUCUGAAGUACCAGACAGAUUGCGCUCCAAACAACGGGUAUUUCAUGAUUCCCCUCUAUGAUAAGGGGGAUUUCAUUCUUAAAAUUGAGCCUCCCCUAGGGUGGAGUUUCGAACCAACCAGUGUAGACAUCCAUGUGGAUGGCAUUAAUGACAUUUGCACAAAGGGAGGCGAUAUUAACUUUGUGUUCACAGGGUUUUCUGUGAACGGAAAGGUUCUCAGCAAAGGUCAGACGUUAGGUCCUGCUGGAGUCCAGGUUGUACUGAGAAAUGCUGGCAGUGACACAAACAUACAAGCAACUAUUACACAACCUGGAGGAAAGUUCGCUUUCUUUAAAGUGCUUCCUGGUGAAUAUGAAAUCUUUGCAUCUCAUCCUACCUGGAUGUUGAAAGAGUCAAACACAGUGGUACGGGUGACGAGUUCUAACGCUUAUGCUGCGAGCCCUCUGAUUGUUGCCGGCUACAAUGUUUCUGGGUCAGUGAGGAGUGAUGGAGAGCCGAUGAAAGGGGUCAUGUUUCUCCUUUUCUCUUCUUUGGUCACUAAAGAGGAUGUUGUGGGCUGCAAUAUUUCUCCUGUGGAUGGAUUCCAGUCAAGAGAUGAGUCUCUAUCCUAUUUGUGCAAUGUUGUAUCAAAAGAAGAUGGAUCUUUCAGCUUUCUUUCUCUGCCAAGUGGGAAAUACACUGUGAUACCAUUCUACAGGGGAGAGAGAAUUACCUUUGACGUUGCGCCAUCUAGAUUGGACUUCCUUGUAGAGCACGACAGUUUACAGAUUGAGCCUGUUUUCCAUGUGAUGGGUUUCUCUGUCACAGGCAGAGUGUUGAAUGGUCCUGAAGGAGAAGGAGUUGCUGAUGCCAUUGUGACUCUGAACAGCCAGAUUAAAGUAAAAACAAAAGCUGAUGGCUCUUUCCGCCUUGAGAACAUAACGACAGGCACAUACACAAUUCAUGCCAGGAAAGAGCAUCUCUUCUUUGACACUAUUACCGUGAAGAUUGCACCAAAUACACCUCAGCUAGCAAACAUCAUUGCCACAGGAUUCAGCGUGUGUGGCCGGAUCUCAGUAACUCGUUUCCCGGACACAGUCAAACAGAUCAGUAAAUACAAGGUAACCAUGAUGCCUCAAGACAAGGACAAAGCAUCACUGGUUACAACAGAAACUGACCUUCAUGGAGCUUUUUGUUUUAAGGCAAAAUCGGGUACAUACAAUAUUCAGGUGAUUAUCCCAGAGGCUGAGACCAGAGCAGGCUUGGCUUUGAAACCCAAAAUGUUCCCUGUUACUGUUACAGACAGACCAGUAAUGGAUGUGACCUUCUCUCAGUUUUUGGCAUCCGUCUCGGGGAAAAUCUCUUGUUUAGAUGCUUGUGGUGAUCUAAUGGUGACAUUACAGUCUGUGAGCCGUCAGGGUGAAAAGCGCAACCUGCAGCUCUCUGGAAGCAUGGACUCAGUGGCCUUCACAUUUGAAAAUGUGCUACCUGGCAAAUACAAAGUAAGCAUUGUACAUGAAGACUGGUGCUGGAAGAACAAGUCUUUGGAGUUGGAAGUCAUGGAGGAAGAUGUUUCGGGAGUAGAAUUCAGGCAGACUGGAUAUAUGCUGAGGUGUUCUCUUUCUCAUGCAAUUACACUGGAAUUUUAUCAGGAUGGGAAUGGACCAGAGAAUGUUGGUGUUUACAACCUGUCCAAGGGAGUUAAUAGAUUCUGUCUUUCAAAGCCAGGUGUAUAUGAAGUGACCCCACGUUCCUGCCACCAGUUUGAACAUGAGUAUUACACUUACGACACGUCCUCUCCUAGUAUACUGACGCUCACGGCAGUUCGACACCAUGUCCUUGGCACGAUUGUAACGGAUAAACUGAUGGAUGUGACUAUUACCAUUAAGUCAUCCAUUGACAGUGAACCUGCCUUAGUUUUAGGGCCCCUGAAAUCCGUACAGGAGUUACGGAGGGAGCAGCAGCUGGCAGAAAUUGAGACCCGCCGACAGGAGAGAGAAAAGAAGGGUCAAGAGGAUGAAGGAACAAAGCCACCAGUGCAAGAAAUGGUGGAGGAGCUCCAAGGACCGUUCUUAUAUGAAUUUUCAUACUGGGCAAGGUCUGGAGAGAAAAUUACUGUGACACCAUCAUCAAAAGAGCUGCUUUUCUACCCGCCUUAUGUGGAAACAGUUGUUAGUGGAGAGAGUUGCCCUGGAAAGCUGAUAGAGAUUCAUGGAAAAGCAGGCUUAUUUCUGGAAGGGCGAAUUCAUCCUGAAUUGGAAGGUGUUGAGAUUGUCAUUGGUGAAAAGGGAGCAGCUUCCCCGCUCAUCACAGUUUUCACUGAUGAUAAAGGUGCUUACAGUGUUGGGCCGCUCCACAGUGACUUGGAAUAUACAGUUACUGCUUCGAAAGAAGGGUUUGUUUUGACUGCAGUAGAAGGAACAGUUGGGGACUUCAAAGCUUUUGCUCUUGCUGGGGUGACGUUCGAGAUCAAAUCGGAGGAUGACCAGGCUCUUGCUGGAGUUCUCUUGUCUCUCAGUGGGGGGAUGUUCCGGUCCAACCUCCUUACACAGGAUAACGGCAUGCUGACUUUUUCCAAUCUGAGCCCAGGGCAGUAUUAUUUUAAACCCAUGAUGAAAGAGUUUCGCUUUGAACCAUCAUCACAAAUGAUUGAAGUGCAGGAAGGACAGAAUCUUAAAAUUCGGAUAACUGGUUACAGAACAGCUUACAGCUGUUACGGCACAGUUUCUUCUUUAAACGGAGAGCCUGAGCAGGGACUCUCAGUUGAAGCUGUGGGGCAGAAGGAUUGUAGCAUCUAUGGAGAAGACACCAUAACUGAUGAAGAGGGCAAAUUCAGGCUCCGUGGCCUUCUGCCUGGUUGUGUUUAUCAUGUCCAACUCAAAGCUGAAGGCAAUGAUCACAUUGAAAGAGCUUUACCACAGCAUCGGGCAAUUGAGGUUGGGAACAGUGACAUUGAUGAUGUUAAUAUUAUAGCGUUCCGGCAAAUUAAUCAAUUUGAUUUAAGUGGAAAUGUAAUUACAUCUUCCGAAUAUCUCUCCACAUUAUGUGUGAAGCUCUACAAAAGUGAAAACCUUGACAACCCAAUUCAUACAGUCAACUUAGGCCUCUCCUUAUUUUUCCAUUUCCCACCACUGCUCCGAGAUGGAGAGAAUUACGUGGUCCUCCUGGAUUCUACGUUGUCCAAAACACAGUAUGACUACACCCUGCCUCAAGUUUCCUUCACCGCUAUUGGAUAUCAUAAACACAUUACGCUGGUCUUUAGUCCCACUAGAAAACUGCCUGAACAAGAUAUUGCCCAAGGGUCUUACAUCGCGUUACCGCUGACGCUGCUUCUGUUGUUGGCUGGUUACAACCAUGAUAAGCUUAUUCCCUUAUUGCUGCAGCUGACAACUCGAUUGCAGGGAGUACGUGCUCUUGGACAGACAGGUUCUGACACAGGCGCCUCAGAGGAUGCAAAGAGGCAAACGAAAAAACAGAAGACGAGACGGACGUGAGUUGAAAGGAGUGACUGCAUGAAGUGGUGCUCCGCCAAACUGGAGCCUGAGGAGGCAAAGCCACUAAAAUGCCUUUUUGUUGAAUUUGCGGACUUUCCAUUUUUGUUGUUGCUGCGUGAGUGCCGUUUGUCACACUAGGUCCGUUUUGGUUGUAAAUUUUCUACGGAGUCUACGGAUUUCCUUGUUGUAAAGUAAUGAAAUGAAUGCCUCUGCUGUCACUGU